AUGCCCAGUGAUAUGAGCGACAACCUUUUCAGCAAGACCAACCGUGAUAUCGCCCGUACAUACUGGAUCAUAGUCGGGGUGGUCAUAGGCUCUCUCACCGCCCUCAACAUCAUUGACCGGAUCCUCGUUCGUUCGAGGCUCAAGGCAGCCGCAAAUAAUAGUCCCCAUCCGACCCGGGUGAAGAACAAAAUAGGCCAGAUAUGGGCAACCGCAACUGCUGUGCUGCGGGAAGCUGCUCUUCCUUCUGUCCGUUCUUUCACGAAUAAAAACACGCUGUUGGCGAUGUUCACUCCUCUCCCUCUUGGUCGAUCUGUCGUCGUCUUUAUAUAUAUGGCUAUGGUUGCCAUCAUGCUUUCGAUAAACGUUUAUACUUCGGGUUAUUGGUACUACGAAAAGAUUGCAUAUAGGGCUGCAUGGGUCUCCGUCACUCAGAUUCCCUUUGUCUUGUUGAUUAGCGGCCGACUUUCACUUUUUACCCUUCUCACAAACAUCCCUGGCGAACGGAUCAACUGGCUACAUCGUUGGGUCGGCAGAGUCAUCCUAGUUUCGGUUUUGGUACAUAUGGCGCUCUUCUGGCGUGGAUGGGAUCUUUCGGACUUCCUCCAAACCGAGUUGGAGAUCAUGCCCAUGGUUCGGUAUGGAUUCGGAGGGUUCGGCGUCCUGGGAUGGAUUAUGUUUACGUCUAUUGCCCCAGUUCGAUGGUACACAUACGAACUAUUUUACCUUAAUCAUUUGGCUAGUGUCGGUGCUCUCCUCUGGUGUCUUUACAUGCACGUUCCAAAAUCCGCCAUUUACAACGUCUGGCUCGGGAUCGCAUUCGUUGCGUUCGAUCGAUUCCUACGAGCAGCUCUAUUUUUAUAUAGUAAUAUCCACAGUUCCUCAACCUCGACGACCAAGUCAAGCUACUCGCUCCACUUCGGCCAUACAGCUGAAAUCGACAUCCUGGACCGCAAAGAGAAUUUGACGAGAGUAGUCAUCAAGGACGUCAAAAUGAAAUGGCGAGCAGGUCAACAUAUCUACUUGUCAAUCCCUUCCCUACGGCCAUUUGAAUCCCACCCAUUCUCCAUCUCCAAUACAUACGAAGCCCUGCCGGCACCAGGCGAGGAGUACAAAGAGCUUGGUAAUGCAGCAGCAACCCGUAAUGGCAGCCGAGAUCUCCACCUCCUGAUCAGUUCAAGAGCCGGAUUUUCCAAACAACUGCAUCGAAAAUGUGGCCCAGCCGAUAACGCACCAGUUGUUCUGAAGGCCUUCAUCGAAGGACCGUACGGUUCACCGCCAGCGUGGAAUACCUUCGAAACCGUGGUUCUAAUUGCCACAUCUACUGGUGUAACAUUUACUCUCCCAAUCCUUGAAGAAAUCGCAUCAAAUCCGGCUUGUGUACGACGAAUACACUUCCAUUGGACGGUCAGGCACGUCAGCGAUCUCAAACUUCUUACUAAGAGGCUAGCAAGGUUGGGUAACAAGGCAAGGGGUAAGGGUGUUGAUGUCUUUAUUAAUAUUGCGGUCACUUGUGGAACCAUGAAGACCGCCAAGGACGGGAAGUUUGUGGUUGGGAGUGACGAUGGGGAUUCUUUUGGAGCAUCUGGCUCGGUUGCAAGCAAGGGGAGCGAAUAUUUGUUGCUCAAGACAGUCGAAAAGGAUGGAACUGUAGACGAAAUCACCCCUGUGAAUGGAGAGCCGGUAGCAACAUGUUGCGCAGGUAAGAAAGAAAUCCCAGCGCCGCCACCGAAAUCAUGUUGUGCAGAACCAUCCGAACCGAAAGCAACAUCUCCAUCCCAAGCGGCCCAGGCCCAUGCUCGAACAAUCUCAACCUCAUCCAGCAAUUCCUCAGCUUCAGACGAAGAAGGAGCACCUUGUUGUUGUGCAGCCGGUACUGGUAACUCUUGCUGUGAAACCGUUUGCACCUGUGGCUUUUCAUCCGAUGAUAUCGAAUUUAGCUGCGGCCGUCCCUCGAUUUCGAAGAUGAUACUUCCUCCUAUCGAAUUAGCCGAGGGGGAAACAGUAGUGGCUUGCUGUGCCAACAGGCGGUUGAUGGAUGACGUUAGGAACUAUGUUGGAAGAGUGUGUGAUGAAAGGGCAGUACACAAGGGGAGUGGUGCACAGGGUGUGCUAUGUUGGACUGAAGGGUUUUAUUGA